GUGUGUGUGAGGAGUAGCUUCCCAAAUUCCCCAUCUGUUGAUGUUGACAUCUCGAGUCUGUACAGUAAGUAUGAACUGGGUGCUGACAAUGUGACCUUUUGCUUUGUUGCAUCUGAUGUGACAUUUAACGGUCGCCGUUAUGUUUGGUCGCAUGAUGUGAGGGAACCUUUUUUGCCGGAGAGUGACUCAGCAGUGGCGCCAAGCUCGAAUAAAUUAUCUGUUGGUGCCAUUGUUGGUAUUGUUAUCGCAGUUGUGGUUGUUGUUAUUGUGGCUGUCAUUCUGUUUUUUGUACUGCGUCAGCGACCACAACAAGAACAAGAACAACCGCGAGAAAAGGUGCAGAUGGAUACUGUGGAGUCUCAAUCCACAAGUAAAACAACCACAGUGGACAUUACUCCGAACCCUCUGACAACAACUACUACGACUGAAGUUACAACAAAUUCUGCUGUAUCUAGAAAUACAGCUAGAUCUGUACAAAGUGGUGAUAUCUCCCGGAAUAGUAAUUAUUCUGUUUACGGCUCACUUUCGUAUGAUAACGCUUCACCCAGCGAAGGACAGAUGAAAGAGACGUCCGCACCUCUUCAAGAAACAAGUGCAGGAAAUACUUUACCCCUUCGUACAAACGUUAAUAAUAGGGGGUCUGAGAGGAAAACCAUGGAGGAAGGAUGGGAAAGAUAUGAGCUGAAUCGGAGUGGUCUGCAUGUUAUCGAGAAGUUGAGAAUAAUUGAAGAACUUCGUGCAUCAUAUGGCCUUCCCCCACUGCCUAUACUAAUGUGGUAUGAGUCUGAAGCUCUACUCGAUGCAAUUGAUCUCAUCCUACAAGAUGGGACGCCGGUGGACCAAUAUGAAAAGCGUGAAGAAGAAUAG